UCUCAUGAGAACUCUGUCAGAUGAUGAACCUCCUCCACGUAGAAGGUCUGUUUGUUUUCAGUCUUACUAUGGUGGUCGAUGUAGUCUAGGAUCAGUCUGAGGACACAAACCUCGGAGAUGUUCCAGGGUUCAGGAGGACUGACUGGUGGUGGACAAGUUUAUGACAUUUUUGUUCAUUAAUAUCCAGGUUUUUAACACUUUUGCUGAUUAAUAUCCAGGUUUUUGACAUUUUUGUCCAUUAAUAUCCAGGUAUUUGACAUUUUUGUUGAUUAAUAUCCAAAUUUUUUGACAUUUUUGUUGAUUAAUAUCCAGGUUUUUGACAUUUUUGUCCAUUAAUAUCUAGGUUUUUGGUGCUUUUUUUUCAUAAAUAUCAAGGGUUUUGAGACUUUUGUUCAUUCAUAUCCCGGUUUUUGACAUGUUUGUUCAUUAAUAUCCAGGUUUUUGGUACUUUGGUUCAUAAAUAUCCAGGUUUUUGAGACUUUUCUUCAUAAAUAUCCAGGUUUUUGACAUGUUUAUUCAUAAAUAUCCAGGUUUUUGAGACUUCUGUUCAUUAAUAUCCAGGUUCUUGACAUUUUUGUUCACUAAUAUCUAGGUGUUUGAUCCUUUUAUUGAUAAAUAUCCAGGUUUUUGGUACUUCUGUACAGUAGUAUACAGUUUUCUGAUUGUGUUCUCCAGGUUUUUGACCCCUUUGUGUAUGGAUAUCCAGUUGUGUGACAGUUUCCUACGUGAACUUGCAGACUUUUGAAGCCACUGAUGCAAGUGUGACCUCAGACAGAGAUCUCCAGCAGACAUCGGCCUUUGACGCACUAGUAGCGAGUCUUUCCUGUUUCUGUGGAACUGAUCUCACUAUUUUUUUUGUUCUUUACACCACAGCAGACCUGUUCAAGCAACCGCAGCAUUGGACAGAAGCCAGAGAGAAGACAUGAGCAGACGGUGCUGUCGGUUAGACCGGCUGUUUGUGCAGCAGAGGCAGGAACGGUGGUUUUAACAGCACCAGAGUUCUACAUUUCAACAGUUUUACUGAGAACGGAACCUGUUGUCUCUGUUGAAGCAGCCAUCUUAGGGUGGUAAACCGAUCCUGGUCUUUGCCCCAGUGGUUCGAGGCGUCGCACAGCCUCUGAAAUAACAAAACUUUAUACCUAGUGAUGGAAACUUUCUGUCACUGAGGCUAUUUCCUGGAGGCCACAGCAGAGAAACAAGCCUGAAAAUCUAUGGGUCGUUGAUACUUUUGUGCAUUAUCUACUUUUUAAAUCAUUUUUGUGCAUUAAUAUCCAAAUUGUUGACAUUUCUCUACAUUAAUAUCCAGGUUGUUGAUGCUUUUCUACAUUAAUAUCCAGGUUUUUUAGACUUUUCUCUGUUAAUAUCCAGGUUUGUUAAGACUUUUAUACAUUAAUGUAUGUAUUUUUCACACUUUUGUCAUCACUAUCCAGUUUUCAUUCAUUAAUUUCCUGGUUAAUGAAACUUUCGUGUCGUCGUCUUUGGGUUUGUUCCAUGUGUGGUUUCUAUUGCUUCUUGUUUUAUUUUGAAGUCUCUGACCAUGGGCGUGUCUCUAAACUUCCUUCCUGUUGUGACUGAUUGGUCGUCUGAUUUGUUCCAUUUGGUUCUGGUUGUUCCUACCUCGUUCUUCCUCCUGUUCCUCUGCUUCGUCUUUGGGUUCCCUUUGGAUUUCUGGGUACUUUUGGGUUUUCCUGGAUCGCCAGCCGUCUUCUGUUUGCCGCCUUGCCUGACUUUGUUGUAAGUUUUUGUUAAAGUUAGUUUAUUACCUGCCUGUCUGCUGUAUUUGCCUUGAAGUGUGUUUCCAUGAAUCUAAUUAAUGCAUUAAGAUUCACUUUUUAGAUAGUUUUUUUCAUUAAUAUCCAGGUUUUUGACAGUUUUGUUCAUUAAUAUCCAGGUUUUUUCGACUUUUGUUUGUUAAUAUCCAGGUUUUUUUUUUUUUUAGACUUUUGUUCAUUCAUAUCCAAGUUUUUGACACUUUUGUGCAUUAAUAUCCAGGUUUUUUAGACUUUUGUUGAUUAAUAUGUGAAUUUUAAACACUUGUGUUUUUCCAUUUCCAGGUAAAUCACUGAAUCCAUCCAAGAUCUUCUCAUGAAGUCAGAUUUUUUUGCCUGAAACGGUUUCCUGAAGCUCCUCCGUCUGUUCUUUCAACAUGAGGUGGUGAAAACCAAGUUGACCUUCCAAACAGGAAGUGAGCUCCAGCUGGUUGUUCCCACUUCUCCCUGUGCAGGUGUUCGUCCAGAGAUGUGUUUCUAGAGAUGAAUGUUGAGCGUUGGGCCAGAUGAAGUCUUGUUUGUGCUCAGCUCGCUGCUCUAACGCCUCCUUCCUCCUCGUGGUUUAAACAGGAUGUUUUCAGCCAGCAGUCGGUCAGUGAAGCUCCUGAAGAUGAUUCAGCUUCUGCUCUGAUGUUUUCAGGCGGUCAGUGAAGUCCAUGAUGAUUCUGUUUCUCCUCUUGCUGAUGAGAUGCUGCCGGACGUCCAGCAAUGCCUCCAUGGUGGUGGAACCCAGCCGGAGCCAGUUCUUCGAGUACGAGAAGUUCUCUCUGAGCUGUGAGCAGUUCGGCCCCAGGGACUGGACGGUUAGGAGAUACACCACCAGCGGGUUGGACUUGUCCCAGUGUGGUGGAGUCUGGGGCAGCCAGAAGUCCUCUACUUGUCACAUGAACACAGUCAAGGCGUCCAACACUGGAGUUUAUUGGUGUGAAUCUAAAAACGGAGACAGCAGCGACGGCGUCAACAUCACCAUCACCGAGAAACCGGUGAUCCUGCAGAGUCCUGCCCUGCCGGUGAAGGAGGGAGGAAACGUCACUCUGGGCUGUAGGACGAAGGGAACCUCCAGUGUAGAGGCUCAGUUCUAUAAAGACGGAGCCUUGAUUGGGUCUGGACCUGCAGGUCACAUGACCAUCCACCAUGUUUCCAAGGAAUACGAAGGCGCCUACAAAUGUAGCAUCCAAGGACAUGGAGAGUCUCCACUGAGCUGGCUGCUGGUAGAAGAUGGGUCUGGCUCGGCGUCCCUCACGGUGUCUCCACAGUCGUCUCAGAUGUUUGAGUAUCAGUAUUUGGAUUUGAAUUGUGGCCCAAACAGCAGCUUCCACGGAUGGACGGUUCACAGGUCCACGGAAUUAGUCAGCACCAUCUCCAGCUGUGGACGUCCAUGGGGGUCGGUCACGGCAUCAGGCUGCAUCCUCAAGACCGCCAAGCAGACCGACAGCGGCUACUACUGGUGCGAGUCUCUGACGAAACGGCGAAGCAACUCAGUCAACCUCACGGUGCACGAUAAAGAAGUGAUGCUUGUGAUUCCUGUCCUCCCUGUGAUGAAGGGAGACAAUGUGACACUGAGCUGUCAUUCACGGUCUUCCACCAGCCUCCCAUCUGAUUUCUAUAAAGACGAGGUCCUCAUCGGGAUCAACUAUUCUGGUUCCAUGACCAUCUUCCAUGUUUCCAAGUCAGACGAAGGAAUCUACAGGUGUGAGAUCAGCGGUCAUGGAGAGUCUCUGUCCAGCUGGCUGUUUGUCAGAGGUUCAGAUGAAGGAGGUCCACAGGAGGUCCUGAGCGUUGUGACAGUGAUCCGCUGCCUGGUGGUGGGCUGUCCAUACGUCAUCUCCACCGUCCUCAUGGCGUCUUUAUACCGACAGCAGCCCACAGAAUCCGAGCCCAUCCGAAGGAGAAACCUGCCCGUUUCCAUGGCGAUGUCUUCACGUGGACAGGAAGACGAAGAGUUGAAUGAACAGUACGAUGACGUCAUGGCUGCCGUCACCACCGAGCAUCAUUUCUGAAACAACCUUUGACUCGUUUGUAUGUUCUUUUUGUCAGUAAAGUUUUGUUUUUUCUUUAAUCAAAGCUGCAGCAUUUUUCCUUUAACUUCUGAUCUUGUGAACUUUACAAAAGUGGAGAUUAACAAAAAGAGAGUGCAUUUCUAAAAUGAAGAUAUAUUUAGCUCACAAAAAAUACAUAAAAUGACAAAAAUGAGACACAAAAUGGCAAAAAUGAGGCACAAAACGACAAAAACAAGACAAAGUAAAAUGAGAGAAUGUUAGCUAACGGUCUUAGCCAGUGUGAAGAUGGUGCUAGCUAGCCGCUAACCUCCUGAGACGCUAACGAUACAACGAGAUGGUUGAUUUCAGCUGCAUUCAUACAUUAAAAAUUAUGCAAUUUUGGAUCAUUUGCAAAACCUUUGUGAAAGAAUUUGAGGACAUUUUCUUUGAUGUUUAGGACAUUUUCAUCAUUUUGGACCCUUUAAGUCAUUUUUGACAAAUGUAUGACAUUUUGGUCAAAUAUAUGCAAUUUUGUACAAAUAUAAUUCAUUUGGGAUCAUUUUUAAAGACUUUUCUGACAAAUUUGUAUCAUUUUAGACAAUUUGUGAGACAUUUCUGACAGUUUUUGUUGUUCUGAACAAAUUUUAGACCAUAUUUGUCCAAAUGUGUGUAAUUUUAUCCAAGUAUAAUUCCUUUGGAAUACA